AUGAAGAAUCUCAUAGUUUUAAAUAAAGGUCGUUUAAAACCAACCGUUACAAGUAAUGACGAAUUGGCCAAUGACGGAGUCGAAUUUCAUCUAUUAGAUAGCGUCUUCGACACUUUAACUGAUAGCAUAACUAGUGUCUUAGGUGCCUUGGACGUGGGAAUGAUUGAAGUCCAACAAUAUAUGAAAGAUGGGACAAGAAAUAUUUUAGCCUCAUUUAAUAUCGAAACAUUCGAUGACCAAUUGUUAUCAUUUAUUCAUUUCGCUGAAUUGAAUCAAUUAAUAUUCGUCUUUAAACAUGGUGAUAUCAUCUCUGCUACAUAUGAUCCAACAACCUUUGACCCAUUAAACACUGUAGUGGAAAUUGUCGGGACUAUAGAUAAUGGCAUUGAAGCAGCUAAAUGGUCUCCUGAUGAAGAGACUUUAGCUUUAAUUAUAAAAGACCGCAAAGUGGUUCUACUGAGUAAAAUAUUUGAACCAAUCGCUGAAUACCAAUUAGAAAUAGACGAUUUAAGGAAAUCCAAACAUGUCACUGUGGGAUGGGGUAAGAAGGAGACCCAAUUUAGAGGUAAAGGAUCUCGUGCCAUGGAAAGAGAAGCAUUAGCUAGUUUGAAAGCAUCUGGAUUAGUUGGUAAUGAAUUAAGAGACCCAACUAUGCCAUAUAUGGUGGAUACAGGUAAGUUAACUGAAAUGGAUACACACGAAGUGACAAUUUCUUGGAGAGGUGAUUGCGAAUAUUUUGUCACAUCUACAAUUGAGAACGCUGAAGUGCCAGAUGAACCCGGUAACAUUGUUCCUAGAAGAGUUUUAAGAGUGUUUUCUAGGGAUGGUCAGUUAGAUAGUGCUUCUGAACCUGUAGAUGGUAUGGAACAUUUAUUGAGUUGGAAACCACAAGGUUCUCAAAUCGCCUCCGUCCAACGUAAUACUGAUAAGGGAGAAGAAAAUUCCUUAGAUAUAAUAUUCUUUGAAAGAAACGGGUUACGACACUAUGAGUUCGAUUCAAGACUACCCUUGGAUGAAAAGAUUGUUAGUUUAUGUUGGAACAGUAAUUCAGAGAUUUUAACUAUUGUAUUAACCGAUUCUAUUCAAUUAUGGACUACCAAAAACUACCAUUGGUAUUUAAAGCAAGAAAUAUGUUCGCCUAAUAUCCAAUACGCUAAAUGGCAUCCUGAAAAAGAAUUCACUUUAAUGUACGCUAACGAAGAUCAUAUUAAUAUCGUUGAUUUAACAUUUAAAAUGACGCACGGUCCAACUUUAAAACCGUUUGAUUACGGUACUUCUUUAGUAAUUGAUGGGAAUAUAGUUAACAUUACUCCACUAUCUAUGGCUAAUGUGCCACCUCCCGCUUAUUUUAGAGAUUUCAGUAUCUCAGAUAAUGUUAUAGACGUUUCAACAAGUUUGUCUAAUGAGAUAUAUGCAGCUAUUACAAAGAAUGAUCUUGUACUAGCAUCAAUUUCCCAUAUUGAUGAGAUGAAAAAGGGGAAGCAUCCACAAGUAAUUAAGUAUUUUCCUAAAUCAGUUUUUGCCACAGAGUUAGAUACUCUUCGUCAAAUCGCCUUUAUUAAUGAUAAUAUAGUAGGUAUUUUGUUGGACUCUGAAAAUCUUUCCCGUAUCGCUCUUAUUGACGUUCACGAUAUCACACAGCCAUCUCUUCUAAAUGUCGUGGAAGUCUUUGAUAAGAUUAUCUUGUUAAAAUCAACUUUUGAUUAUAAUUAUUUAGCAUAUCAAACUAGAGACGGUACAAUUUGUCAACUAGAUUCUGAAGGCCAAGUAAACCAGGUCACACAAUUUCCCGAAUUAGUACGCGAUUUUAGAGUGAAAAGGGUUCAUAACACUACUAAUGAGGUAGAUAGUCAAUGGCAACAUGAUAAUUCGGAGUUAGUGGCAUUUGGUGUUACAUCAGGCGGUAAGUUAUACGCCAAUCAAGUUCUUUUGAUAUCUGCUGUCACAUCUAUAGAAAUUACUGACGAUUUAUUAUUAUUUGUCACUGCCCAGCAUUACUUACAAUUUGUGCAUUUGAAUUCCACCAAAUUCAAGACUCUUCCUAUUAUUGAACCAGAUGUUGAAGAUGAAAGAGUUCGUGCAGUUGAAAGAGGAUCCAUAUUAGUUUCUGCUAUGCCAUCUAAGGCUGCAGUUGUAUUACAAGCUCCCCGUGGUAACUUAGAAACUAUUUAUCCAAGAAUUAUGGUUCUAUCUGAAGUUCGUAAGAAUAUCUUAUUAAAAAAUUACAGAGAAGCCUUCUUAAAGUGUCGUACACAUCGUAUUAAUUUAGAUUUACUAUAUGAUUAUGCACCUGACUUGUUUAUGGAUAACCUACAGCAUUUUAUUGAUGAAAUUGCUGAUGUUGACUAUUUGAAUUUAUUUGUGUCAUGUCUUAUUGAAGAUGAUGUUACACAAACCAAAUAUAAAGAAACUCUAAAUUUUGGUAUAACAGAUUCAUACGAGUAUGCUCCUGCCCCACUAACCGAGAUGCAACAAUAUUUAAAGAAGAAAUUCUUUGAUCCAACUACCUCGAAAGUCAACAAGGUAUGUAAAGCUUUAUUAGACACACUACUGACCAACCCUGGUUAUAAAAAGAAAUAUAUGCAAACCAUUAUCACUGCAUAUGCCUCUCAAAAGCCACAAGAUUUAACUUCUGCUUUACAACUAAUAAGCUCUAUAGAAGAUACAAAGGAAAAGGACAACCAAGUUACCUAUUUGUGUUUCCUACAAGAUGUUAAUUUAGUAUACCAAGUGAGUUUAUCCCUAUACGAUAUUAAAUUAGCAUUGUUAGUAGCACAAAGGUCACAAAUGGACCCACGUGAAUAUUUACCAUUUUUGCAAUCUUUACAAGAUAGUGAACCUCUCCGCCGUAAAUUCACUAUUGAUGAUUAUUUGAAGAAUUUUGAAAAAGCACUGGAACAUUUAGUUCAACUUGAAAAUGAUUCUACGGAAGUGUCUGAUGAAUUAAUUCAAUACAUGGAAACCCAUAAUCUGUAUAAGAAAGGUUUGCAACUAUAUCGCCACGAUCUACCAAAACAAAACAUAAUAUACUCUCAUUAUGCUAAAUAUUUAUCUUCAACUCAACAGUACAGUGAAGCUGGUAUUGUUUAUGAAAUGUUGAAUGAAUAUAAAUUAGCUAUGGAUUCAUAUGUUCUUGCCAAGAAGUGGCGUGAGGCUAUGACAAUUGCAAUUGAAUACUUUAAAGAUGAUGUUGAAUCUGUCGCUGAAGAAUUAGUCAAUUCACUUUCAUUUGAACAUAAAUAUCUUGAUGUGGCAAAAUUACAAUUAGAUUUUUUGAAGGAUAUACGGGCUGCUAUACAGCUAUAUUGUAAAGCUUAUAGAUUUGAUACUGCAUGCAUGAUUGCUAUUAAAAACAACAGAAAGGAAUUGCUUGAAGAAGUCGUUGAUCCUGGCUUAGGCGAAGGUUUUGGUACUAUUGCUGAAUUAUUAGCAGAUUGCAGGAGUCAAGUCCAUUCACAAUUAAGAAGAUUAAGAGAAUUGCGUGCUAAGAAAGAAGAAGAUCCGUUUGCUUUUUAUGGCCAAGAAACAGAGCAAGCAGACGAUGUCUCUAUUGCACCAUCUGAAACAUCUACUAAAGAGUCCUUUUUUACUAGAUAUACUGGCAAAACAAGUGGAACAGCCAAGACUGGUGCUUCUAGACGUACAGCUAAGAAUAAGCGUCGUGAAGAACGUAAACGUGCUCGUGGUAAAAAAGGUACGAUAUAUGAGGAAGAAUAUUUAGUUCAAUCAAUAGGAAGAUUGAUUGAUAGACUAAAUCAAACAAAACCAGAUGCUAUGAUGCUGAUUGAAGGUUUGUGUAGGCGUAAUAUGAGAGAACAAGCCCACCAAAUUCAAUCUAAAUUUGUAGAAUUGAUUGAUUUGCUAAAGGAGAAUGUCAAAGAGAUUUUUACUAUUAGUGAAAAAGAUAGAGAAAGAAUCAAUGAAAAUGGUGAGGUGUAUUAUAUCCCAGAAAUUCCUGUGCCAGAAAUUGCCGAUUUCCCUUGUAAUAAGGUGGUGGAAUUUUAG